CUUGUCCCCCCCCCAGGUGCCACCACCCCCCUGCUCGCUGCCCACCCCUCACCGUGGAGUCCCUGCGGGCGCUGUCCCAGCUGCACUCCCCGCAGCGGCCGGGGGGAGGCGACAGCGGCCACCAGCACGGCGGCGACACCCGCAUGUGGCAGGAGGAGGACGAGUGCCUGGAUUUCUACGGCAUGCUGUCCCUGCACCGCCUCUUCGAGGUGGUGGCCGCGCAGCUGACCCCCAGCGACGUCACCGUGCUGUCCUUCCUGCUGGACGAGGCGCUGCGGGGAGGGGACAGUGACAAGGACGGGGACAGCAGCGGGGCGGCCCCGCGGGGCCGGGGGGCGCGCAGGGACCCCCGCGACGGGCUGGAGCUGCUGCUGGAGCUGGAGAGGAGGGGGCUGUGCCACGAGGGGGAUUUGGGGCAGCUGAGGCAGCUGCUGCGGCUGGUGACGCGGGACACCUGGGGACACUUUGGGGUCACCUUGGACAUCCGGCUGCGGGUGCGCGCCGAGUACUGCGAGCACGAGUGUGCUGGGCUAUACUGGGUUAGACUGGACAUCCGCCUGCGGGUCCGCGCCGAGCACUGCGAGCACGAGCGCGCUGGGUUAGACUGGGCUAGACUGGGUUACAUCCGUCUCCACGUCCGCGCCGAGUACUGCGAGCACGAGUGCGCUGGGUUAGACUGGACAUCCGUCUCCGCGUCCGCGCCGAGUACUGCGAGCACGAGCGCGCUGGGCUACAUCCGUCUCCGCGUCCGCGCCGAGUACUGCGAGCACGAGCGCGCUGGGCUGUACUGGACAUCCGUCUCCGCGUCCGCGCCGAGUACUGCGAGCACGAGCGCGCUGGGCUGUACUGGGUUAUACAGGGCUAUACUGGGUUAUACUGGGUUAGAGUGGUCCAUAGUGACGCAUACUGGUUCUAACUGGUCUGUACUGGUUCCAGACAUCCGUCUCCGCGUCCGCGCCGAGUACUGCGAGCACGAGCGCGCCCUGCGCCGCGGCGUGGCCUCCAGCCGCCCGCGGGGCCCGGGCCGCGCGCUGGACGUCUUCGGGCAGGCCAGCGGCGUGCUGAAAUCGCGGGACCUGGGCUCCAUCCUGUGCGACAUCAAGUUCUCGGAGCUCUCCUACCUGGAGGCCUUCUGGGGGGAUUACCUGAGCGGGGCGCUGCUCGAGGCCCUCAAGGGGGUCUUCCUGACCGAGGGGCUGCGGCGCGCCGUGGGCAGGGAGGACGUGCGGCUGCUGGUCAGCGUGGACCAGGACGACUACGAGCAGGGCCGGAUGGUCCAUACUGACAUCCGCCUGCGGGUGCGCGCCGAGUACUGCGAGCACGAGUGCGCUGGGUUAGACUGGGCUAGACUGGGUCAUACUGGGUCAUACUGGUCCAUAGUGACUCAUACUGUUCCAUACUGUUCCAAACUGGUCCACAUCCGUCUGCGCGUCCGCGCCGAGUACUGCGAGCACGAGCGCGCUGGGCUGUACUGG